AUGAAGAGGGGGGAGAAGGUGGUGGAUGCUGCUCAUGCCGCUCAGAGGUCAGAGGAUGGCUCGGACAACCAGGGCGCCCCCACCGUCAAGAGUGCUCGUGGCACGGGCAGGGGCGCUGGCCGUGGCGGCCCGACCGCGACACAGCAGCCGAGAAAACGGAAAGCAGCGGGCAACAGAGGCGGCGAGGCGUCUGCAUCGUCGGUUGGUCCCUUGCUCAUCCGAUAUGUGAGCAGCAGCACUACCAGGCAGACCACGAAGGGCAGGUGCGGCUUCUGCAACUCCCAGGAGGGCUCCGAGACGCCGUUCCCCGAUGCCAAGUUCCCUGGCGAGCCCAUCAUGAAGUUCAUGCACGCAUGCAGCUGCCACUUCAAGGGGUACGUGAACGGACAGUGGCACUUCGACUACACGUGGACGCAGUUGUGUGCGAAAGCAAACGAAGACAAAGACAUCUCGGAGGCUUUCGAGACGUCGUGCGAGAUCGCGGACGGCAAGGCGGCGAGCAGCACGCGCCCCCACGACGUGGCCAUCAAGCAGGACACUGGCUUCACUAUCUUUUCGGAUUGCAUCCUGAUCAACGAGCAGCAGUACAAGAAGGACAUUCUGCCCCGUGUCGCAAGCCAGAUGACCCCGAAUGACGCGGGCGAGCGCAUCGCGGAGAUGAAGAACGAACAUCAUGCUGAGAAGAUGUCUGGUGUAUUGGUCGUGGACCCGUCCCAGCCGUACGUGAAGGUGCGCAAGUGGUCCAGCACGUGCGGUUCCCAUGCAGAAUGGGCGCUGCAAGCUGGCAACUACUGCCGCGACGGCCAGGCUGCGAACGCGGAGGAGGCGAUCGAGAAGUACGCGCGGGAGAUGAUGCCGACGGCCUUGCGCGGACACGUGUCGAUCCCCACCUUGGAGGAAGUACGGAAGCGUGCCAUCGGGGCAGCGAGAGCCCGAGGAUUGUUCCAGGAGCCGCCGACUACGCCAGUUGCUGCCCGUUACGGCGGCCCCUCUUCUUCCCAGCAGCGCACCCCGACGUUGCAGCCUUCCAAAGUCAGCUUGGCCCUCUGCGAUGGACAGAUCGGCGGAUCGAGUGCUCCGCCGUCCGAAGCUGAAGCAGUUGAAGAGCCCGAGGUAAUGACGCCCCGCGACAUGCCCGCAUCGUGGCUGCCGAGGCCCUCGCCGUCAGCCGAGGACAUGGAUGACGCGAGGUCGUGCGCCACUGGCGUCACAGCAACGGCCGCCAAGCGCAGCAAGGGCAGCGUUCAUAACAGGUUGGACAACCCUGACAGGCUCCGUCUCGACGAGCUCCAAUCCGAAAUAAACCUUGCUACCAUAUUGGACAAGGGCGCCGACCACAAAAUGGGAGACAAGCUCUACGCUUUGAAAAGGUUCAAGCCAGCUGACGGAACGGUGGUCAACAAGAAGGCCAAGCUUCUGGGAAUCAUCGACGCCUGCAAUAGUCUCGGCGGGUCUGCCGUCGAUGCCAUGGGUAAGGAGGUCAGGAUGAAGUUGCUGAAGAACCUGAAGGGCGUCAACAUCGACGGGGCCUUCCAGUUCAAGCUGAAGCUCGUCGCGGCAGCAGUUAGGGAGGCGAGCUCGGUGGCAGAUAUGGUUCAUAGCAGCAUGCCAUGGAGUGAGUCGUUCGAAGGACACGUCGAGCAGUUUUCCGUCACCGACCCACUCCUCGCCUUCGUCAGGCUCCCGCUCAAGAAGGCUGCCGAGCUCAGCAGGGGCUUCUUCAUCAACAACGUCGUGCUCCCCGUUACCAAGAAGGAUGACAUUGACAUCGAGGCUCUGACCAUGAUGGCUGAAGCUAUCGGCGACCACGUUGGUACUAAGGAGAAGCGCGAUGCGGCCCCCGACGAGUUCAAGGAACUCGCAAACGACUUGUUCGUCUUCUCGGAGUCCUUGAAGGUAUUGCUAGACCCAUGCCCCGAGGCGCUCGUGCAGUGUGGGAACAGGGUAGAUGUCCGCAAGUUCAUUCGCGAGGAGUGGUCCGAGGACUGGAGUAACGUAGUCUUCGCCUUCGGGACGGGGCUCAAAGAGUGCAUUGGCGAGUGCAACAGGGCCUACCACACGGGCAUCAAGCACGGCGAGGCUAUCAGAACAUUCACCACGCAGCUGGGCAAGCCCGACAUCACGGCGACCGAAUUCGAGACCAUCUUCGAACAAUUUGGUGGUUUUGGCAAGCAGCUUCGCAAGGGUGGUGCUAACCCUAUGUUGAAUCUCAUGUGUUCGGCCAUGGUUGGCUGGGUUACGCCGGGCAUGGCAUCCAAUGGCGAUGCGGCUGCCGCCGCCGAGAGCCCCGCCGCGCUGACGUCUUUGGAGGUGAAAUUCCGUGCCUUCAUCGCCAAGGCCGUCGACUUCAGGGGAGUUGACGACAAGAUCAUCGAGAAGCUUCAGGCUGCGGCCAACGACCUCCGCACUUUUGCGGGAUCCGUGGCGUCGGUGGUCCAGGAAAAAACGCUAGCGGAAGCCUGCAGUUCCAUGGCGCACGACAAGGAGGAGUCGAUCGUGGCCGUGCGAGAAGCUCGCCAGCAGUGCGUCGGGAUGAAGUUCAUUAAGAAUGACACUAUUCAAGCAGUUAUGCUCUGCAUCGAGCGGUGCCUUUCGCGCGCCGAAGCCGUGUCCAUAGACAUCAGCGACGCUGCGAAGGAUUCGAAUGGCGAUGCCGAUGAGAUGUUGAAGUUGCUCGGCGUCGCUCUGGCAGUCGUAGAUCACAUCGAGCCGAAGGGCGGCAAGUCCAAGGAGUUUGAGGAGGACAUGCGUCGCGUCGACUCGCUGUUUCAGUUUGCCAAGGUGGUCAAGGCCCGCAAUGCUCUCGAGACCGCCUGCGAGAACUUCGAUGACGAGUCAUCCGCGGUCGACCCGAAGCCCGACGCGGGACAUCCAGCGGCCGAGCCAUUGCAGGAUAGCGAGGGUGGCUCGCCCUCCGAGGGCAGCGGCAUCAUCUCGACCUUCGCGGCUUUCAACGUGCAGUUCACGCAGUUGCACAAGAUGUGCACCGCCAGGCUCGUCGACUUCUCCACCUCGUUUUGGUCGGCGCUGGUGUCCGAGACCGUGCAGAAGAUCGUUGAGCUCGAAGGCUUAUCUGGUGGCGUUACCAACGGAUCGUCGAAAUAUUGGGCCGAUGACGCCGAUGACCCCAACACGUUCGACGGGAUCCAGGCUCACUUUGCCAAGGCGCUGGCCAAGCAGCGUGGCAUCUCGGGGACGGUCAAGAGCCUCGUGGCCGCCAUCCAGGGCAAGCUGAACUCUAUCAAGGAGGAGGCCGCCGAACACGGCAUGGAGGCGAACCGAGCUGAGCUCGCCGAGCGGUCUGAAAAAGCAAAUCGCCGCUCGUCCUCGAUGCUUUGGGAGGCACGAGCAAUGCAGACAAUCAAGAACCUCAAGGCAAGUGAGGCGGUGGAGAGCCUGACCAACAUGAGGGACACGUUGCACGACGCUUCGGAGUUCGGCGAGAAGGACGUGAACAAGCUGGUGUCCGACAAGAUCAGCGAGCUGCUCGCGGCCGCCCUGAGCAAGGCCAAGUAG